AAAUAGGUCUUUUCGUUGAUUGGAAAUUCCCAGGGUUGUUCAAAUCAGUUGUAUCUACAAAUCUGCGUAUUGAUUCAGCAAAUCAGCCAACAUUUAAAAUAAUUCAUUUCUUUUCAUUGCCUAUUAAGAUUCGAAUUAGAGAUUAUUGAAAGUUGGGCAGUAGGACACACACAAACCGAAUGUUUGCAUAUUCCAAUUGAUUUAUUGUUUCUUGGUUACUGAUUAUAGUACAAAGUUUGUAGAGACAACUGGAUAUGGUUGGAUAGUUGAUUGAUUUGAGUGAGAAGAAUAUUUUUUUGUGGUUUGUUCGAAGAAAAAUAAACAGCAUGGAUGGAAAGACUUUAAGAUGGACAUUGGGAGUAGUGUUACAAACACUGGACCUUAUAUAGAAACAGUUCGUUCAUUGCACCAAACUGUUACAGCUCUGAGAACUGCCUUAGAAGAGAGUAAAAAAGAAGUUCUAUCGCUUAAAAAUAAAGUCUGGCCAAUUGAUUCUAUUGAACAAUCAUUAACACAACUUGCCAUUGAAAAUCAUGCUCUUCGAAGAAAACUCUUAGAGAGUAAUGUUGACUUACCGUCUGCAGAUGCAAAUGAUUCAAGUACAUUAAAAAAGAAUGUCAGCGAUUCUGUUGUUCCACCUUUGGAGUCAGUUAGAAAUCAGGAAAACUUAAAAACAAAUGUUGAGGAAUUGAUUUCAGACACCAAAGUUGAUGAUUCUAAUGCAGAUAUUGUAUCUACUUCAUUCAAAGAAAGGAUACAAUCAGUUGGAGAGCUCAUAUGUUCUGAAACAACUAAUAAUAUUGGCUCAAAUCAAACAGAAUAUGAACAUAGUGUUAUAAAUAAGGGAAUUGGAAGAGAAGAUAAUGACUUGGCAAUUCAUAACUCUAGAAUAGCAGCGAAGGCUUCAAAUCCAAGCAAGUCUGAUAUCAUACAUGUACUUCCAGAUCAAUCUGAAUCAACCGAGUUGAAGACUGACUCUCAAAAGCAAUCAUUAACAAAUAUUUGUGUCAAUGAAGAAGUCCAGCCAAACUCUGUAGAUAUAAAAAUAUCUAAUUGCAAAGACAUUCAAGAAAAAAGUAAUUUUACAGAGGUGCUUGCAGUCAAAGAGGUUCAUCUCACUGAAAAACUACAAAAAACCAAGUUUGACGCAUCUGUUACAGAUUCUAAAAAGGCCAAAAAAGAAAAACGUGCCAGUAAGAAACAGUUGAAAGUACCAUCUAUCCUAGGUCUCAAAAGUGUUCGUAAGCAUAAAAUAAAAGCUUCUGUUCAUAUUAAAGCAAAAACGUUCGAUGACCAAAAGAAUUCCAAAUCUUUAGAUAGUUUAACUGUUGUUAAAACCCCAUCGAAGGGAUUAAAAUUUUCUAAAACCACACAUUUUUUCAAUUUAAAUAGUGAGAUAAGUUGUGAGAUAACUAAGGGCUCCUCCAAUAUGUCUGAUAAUAAUGAUAUAAAUAUUAAUAACAAAUUUCAAACUGAACAAGAUGUGAAAUCUAGCAAUAAUGUUGACGAUAAGUGUCAGAAUAAUUCAGAACAAGAACCGGAAGUUGACGACAUUGAACUAAUAUUUACAACAGACGAUACCAAAGAAUCAGAUUUUAAGGAACAACUGGUUUCAAUAGACUCCGUUGAGAGGCAGAAUAAUACUCGGGGGGUAAAGUUGUUGGCUCCUGACCAAGAACAAAGCAUAGACAUUUCUGACAGAGAAUUAGACGAUGAUGUUUUUGAUAGUUCAUUCGAUCAGGAAAACCAAGACGGUAACGCUCUGCAAGUUUUUCAACUGGAACGGGAUAAUUCACAGUUAUACAAUUCCAAGUCGGAUAAUUCUAUCAAUCAAGAAGAUAGAAGUUUGAGGAGUUACUACUCAUACCAAGAUUCAAGUUUCGAGAAUAAAUCCAUGGAAAAGGAUGAGAGUUUCGAUCGAUUUGAGGAAAGGAUUAGGAUUGUGGAAACUGAUAUUUCUAAAGUUGGUAUUACGGAAGUCGAUUAUGCUGGGAUAAGGAGAAACACUUGUCCUAAUCCUUUACAGUACAGGCCUCUUCUUCACAGGGAAGCAAUCAACAAGGGUCUCAAUGUCAAAAAGAGUAGACCAAUUUUAGCCCAUUCGAAUGCUAUCCGUAAAGAAUCAGGAGCACAGACUGAUAUAUCGGCUCUUCCUGGAUCUUCUUGGAGAUCAGAGAGUAGUUUGGCUAAUAAGGCCCAUCUAGGCGAUAAUUUCACCACUUUACCGUCAAAAUACCCCCUACCAGGUUCCCGUUUGAAAUUGUCAGAAAAGAGAACUGUGGAAGCAAGAAGGGUCCUGUUGUCAGAUAUAGGCUUUACCAGCAUGGUGCCUGAACUGUCGAGGUCGGCCGAUCAUCUUUGUCCUUCCACCCUGAAACCACCUGUAACCACUUACAGCCAAUUCUUGAGAACCCCCGAGCUCUAUUCGCCAGCUUACACUAGUCAACGUUUCACAUGGACCACAACCACUGCCACCCCUAGCGACGGAAGCCAUUCGCAUUCUCGUUAUAGCAUCAACCCCUUGACUCCACCCGUUCAAACGAGGAGAUGUUCUGCACCAGUUUCCCCUUCUCGAAGGGGCAACCUCAAGAAUGCCACGUCUAGAGUGCGUUUCGCCAACGGUUCCCUGCCGGAGUUGAGGGGAGAUUGGACUCAGAUGACAGCUGACAGCGGAGACUCCACGGACAGUUUGGUGGAGGAAGCGGAAAAUUACUUGAGGAGAUCUAUAGAUUGCAUCUUGGGUAGUUCUAGGGGAAACGAGAGCGAUAUUAAGAGAAACAUCCUUCGCCGCGCAUCAGCACCUGAGUCGGCAAGUGACAAUACUCCUCCCCAGGGUUGGCAACCGUUCUUACCUAGGCAACCCAGGGAUUUGAAACCGGAUCAUUGGGUUAAGGUGAUCACUCCCGAGGGAAAGGUCAAAGGCGGUAGGGUCAGGUACAUAGGACCUGUAGCGUCGCAGAUAGAUCAGUUUGUUGGUGUUCAGCUCGCGGUUCCUGAAGGACAUUCUGAUGGUACUUACAGUACAAGGAGAUACUUCCUAUGUGAACCAUACCAUGGAAUUUUUGUUCCAUUCAAGAAAGUCAUCAUGGGAUGGAGACCAUAAAAGACUCAGAUAAGUAGUUAGUUUUUUCGUUUGAAUUACUGUUAAUAAUGUUGAGAAAUUUAAUUCAAUGUAUCUGAAUGUGCCAUAUUAGCCUGGAAAGUUUUGAUAUCAUUAUUUCUGCGGAAAAUUCAGUUCAUUUUUUGGAUUGACUCGAUAUUUUUCAUACUUUGGGCACUCUGUUGAGUAUUAAAUACUUUUUUUUCACAUAACACUGAACAGCAUCACCUUUAUCAGGAGAAUUUAAUGGGCUUAUUCAGGAAAGUUAAGUUUAACCUAUACCUUAGCUGUUAUUUAACAUUUUGUUUUGUUUAUUAUAUCAAAGCUCUUCAGUGUUGGGAAAUGCGAAGAUCAGGACUGAGAAAAUUAAAUUACUUCACUUACCUGAAAUUUAGUCCUGUUCUUCCCCAUGAAAUUCGUUCAAAAAACAGGGUUAACAAAAUAUAUUCGAAUCCAAUAGAAAAGAACAUUCUGAAACUCUUCCUUUGGGCUGUUUGAUCAUUCAACACUCCCGUGUAUAUAACUAACUUUCAAAAGGUUCUUUAAAUUUUUCAUUCCUUAUCUAGUGAACAACUUUUUUUCUUAAGUUUGUUCAAGUUUGAUUUACUAACAUUUUCUUUCAAUAUUAAUCUCUAGAGAUAUGUUCAUUUCAUGCACAGUCUUAGGAAAUAGUUUAUAUGUCAACAGGAGAAACUUCACAAAAGCAGAUAUUUAUUUUUCAAAUGACCUAUGAAAAUAGCUGUUGUGGAUUAAUAUUUCAGGAUAGAAGAUUAUAAUCAAAUUAUAAAAAGCGCAUUAUUUUUUUAACCGUGAAAAAUGCAACACUUGUUACAUCAAUUUUUUUGUGAUAUUAUUUUGUGGAACAAGCAUAUUUCAAUUCAUUCAUUUUCAUUAGAUUUAUGGUGAUAAUUGAAGUCGAUGUAUAGUUAUUGCUGUGAAUUUUACCGAAAUUAUCCGGCAAAAAUGUGGAACCACCCUAAAGAUCAAUGUAAAAUGGCUGUCUGUAUAUUAUUUUGCAAAUUCUGUAGAAUGAGUAAAAAGCAAGAUUGAAAA